AGGGCAAGCCUUCCAGUACGGCAUGGACCGCGACAGGUCUGGCACGCUGCCUCCGAAGGAGCUGGCGGUAUUUUGCCGAGCUGUCGAUUACAACGGAAACCCCAGUGACUUGUUUGUGGAGCUGGACAAGGCAAUGAAGGGCUUCGUCACGUCCGACGAUCUGGACAUCUUGAGCACACUGGACUGUGCAGAGGUGGCCAGCAGGAAGCCCGCGAAGCAGUGGACGCAGCGCGCUUCACCGGGCGUGAGUCGCGCGAGGGGCUUCCACGGCACCGGGAGCAGCCUGCUCAGCAUGGCUGGGGUGGAGGCAUCAACGCCGCGGUCUGCGAUACGCUCGCCUGAUGUCUCAUCCAAGUUCGGUAACAGCAGAUCUAGUGUGCUCUCUGAGGCGUUGCACAGCUUGCCAGCUGCUGCAGAUGCCCGCUGGGCGCCUUAGCGAGGGCAUGUAAUAGGCAGGGCGCGCUCUGCGCGCGUGGCCGAAAUUCCUGAACUGCAGCCGGGGCAUCCAAACACUCCGAUCUUGGCCAGCUCUGUCCCAGCCGAGCUGUGCUGUCUCACUCAUGUUCGGGCCGUC